AUGGAGAUGCUACUUUCUGCACUACUUGGUGAGGGAAUCACUAGAUCCUUAAAUUUUUUCAUCAGCAAAAGCUCUAAGCUUCAGCCACACAAUGUGGAGGACUGUUUCCACAGGGUCCUGCUUCGCGCACAGGUCAUCAUCGACGAGGCCACGGGACGGCACAUCACAAAUCGUGCUAUGCUCCAGCAGCUGGACAUGCUGAGAGAUGCCAUGCAUCAAGGCCAUUACACACUUGACACCUUUAGAUACCAAUCUCAUGAGGAGGACACAAAAGAUCAUGUUGUCCUGCCAAUUGUUGGUCCCAGGAAAGUUGGUAAGAGCACCCUUGUCGCUCAUAUUUGCUAUGACAAAAGGGUUCGUGAUCAAUUUUCAGAAAUCAUGUUCUUGAGUGACAAUGAUUUCAAAAGUGAUAAGUUAACCUACCUUGGGGAAGGGUGUCUGAAGAAAUAUCAAAAUUCCACGUUAAACAAAGAUGGAAGAAUGCGAGUUGUUAUUGAAUCUACUGGAGAUUUCAAUGAAGAAGAGUGGAAGAGGAUGUAUGUUACAUGUAAACGGUACAUGAAAAGUGGUAGUAAAAUCAUAAUCACAAGCUGGUAUGACAAGAUCACAAAGCUUGGAACAACAAGGGCAGUGACAUUGAAACAUCUGUCCGAUGAAGCAUAUUGGUACUUCUUCAAGACACUUACGUUCGGAAGCACCGACCCUGUGAUGCACCCGAGGCUUACAUGUCUGGCCAUGGAGAUAGCCAGGAUACUGAAACGAUGCUUCUUUUGGUGCUACAGGGAAAAUCAAUUGUCUAAGGGACAACUUUGA